ACAGACGACCUGGAGGCCUGUGCAGGUCCGAGCCCGCGAACCCCAGUGACCCUUCAGCAUUGGCCUGGGGCAGGGUCGCGGGGGGGACACGGUGGUGGGGAAGCGGUGGGGACAUCAGAGCGCCUGUCCUCCGCAGACCAUGGCCUUGCAGACUGCUCCAUCCAGCCUGGGGUCCCGGGGGACCCCCGCCCACGGCAGCCUCCUGCUCCUGCUUCUCAGCCUUGGUUGGGUUCUACCUUCCAGGGCCCAGGCUGCAGACGUGGGACUGGCUCUCCUGACCUCAAGGUUGCAGCGCACGUCCCGGGACCUGUCCUGGCAGCAGCCUGAGCUGACCGACCUCCUCCCGAGGGCCCGGCGGGGCACAGAGAAGAAGGCUUGUCCCCUGGGUCAGGAGGCCCAGGUGGUGGACGAGAACCUCGUCUUCUAUGAGGAGUGGAAGCUGGAGGCCUGUGUGGACGGGCCCCUGCUCGCCGCGCAGAUGGGACGAGUGAACCUGAUUCCCUUCACCUACCAGCAGCUGCACAUUUUCAAGCGCAAACUGGAUGAGUUCUACCCGCAGGGGUACCCCCAGUCCCUGAUCGAGCACCUGAGGUACUUCUUCCUUUACGUCACCCCUGAGGACAUCCACAAGUGGAAUGUGACUUCCCUGGACACCGUGAAAUCUCUGCUCAAAGUCAGCCAAGGGCGCGGGGUGGAUGCUCAGGUGGCUGCCCUGAUUGCCCGCUAUGUAGGGGGAGGGGGCCAGCUGGACAAGGCCGCCCUGGACACCCUGGCCACCUUCCGCCCUGCCUACCUGUGCUUCCUCCGCCCCGAGCAGCUGGGCUCUGUGCAGCUCAGUGUGCUUUGGAUGACCACACCCCAGGACCUGGACGCGUGUGGGCCACCACAGAUGGUUGUCCUCUACCACAAGGCCCGCAUGGCCUUCCAGAACGUCAGCGGGUCUGAAUACGUCAAAAGGAUCAAGCCCUUCCUGGGUGGGGCCUCCACGGAAGACCUGAGGGUUUUUACUCAGCAGAACAUCAGUAUAGACGUGGCUGCAUUCAAGAAACUGCCAAAAGAGGCGGUGCUGUCGCUAACCGUGGCGGAGGUGCAGAAACUUCUGGGCCCAAACCUGGUGGGCCUGAAGGCUGAGGCGGGGAACGAGCCCCUGCGGGACUGGAUCUCCCAGCAGUCGCAGGAGGACCUGGACAGGCUGGGGCUGGGGCUCGUCGGCGGCGUCCCCAACGGCUACCUGGUCCUGGACCUCCACGGCCGAGAGGCCUCCUCGGGAGGCCCCCACCGCCUCGGACGAGGGCCUGGACCUGUGCUCACUGUUACCGCAAGUCUGCUCCUGGCUUCGGUCCUGAGCUGAGCCUGCUGCUGUGCCCUGGCGACCGGCGCUGCGUGGAAACCCCGCCGGGCUUGGAUACCGAGGGCUCUGGAGCUCAAUAAAAGAACCCCAUCCCCCUCUUG